AUGCGGAGCAUACCCGAGAUUAUUGGACUUGAUGAGAAGGGAGUUGUCGUUAACGCUGGUCGUAAUCGCACAACUUCUGGAAGAGUUUUUUUUGGCACUUUUAUAUUUCUUGGUGUCCUUUCCCUUGCAUUGCUUAUCACUGUUAUUGUUCAAGCACGAAACAAUGGAAAAAAUGACAAUACAAAUAACAAUAAGAAUGAGAAUAAAAAUGAAGUUUGUCUUACUCAAGGAUGUAUUUCAGCAGCUACACAUCAAUUACGUUCGGCAGAUAGUACAGUCGCAUCGAAUUUAUGUAAAGAUUUUUAUACUUAUGCAUGUGGUGGUUGGCAAAAAACUCAUCCGAUUCAAUCAUUUGAUGUUGAACGAACAAUACUUGGUGAUAUAAUCGAUCGACGUGAUAUGGAAAUCGAACGUCUUCUUGAUUCACCUAUAAUUCGUUCGAAUGAACGAAGUUGGGAGUAUAAAGUUAAAACCUAUUACACUGAAUGUCGAGAUGAUUAUGUACGAGUGAACAAUACUGCAUCAUACAUGAUAGCACUUAUACAAGAUCCUGCUACGGUUAAUGGAUGGUAUAUGUUGGAUAAUAGCGCUGAAAAUGCGAGUCAAGAAUUUCUAGUAAAAAAUGAAACUUUAUAUCAACAACUGUCUCAUAUUCAUGGCGAUCUUGGCAAGUGA